AUGGCACCCACUACAAGUUCACCUCGAGGCCCGGCGACGGUCUGGUCUCAGCAACGAAUCGACGAGAUGAGAACAAUCCGCAACCAGAUGAGAUCACUCCACAACUUGGUGCGUCAAUACUACCCGCCGCCGCCGCUUCGCAUGGGAUCCGCCGAGGGAGAAGAGAAUAGCGAUGAUUCCGAGGGCUCUGAAGACGAAGGGGUACCUGUGGAGGUGAGCCGUGGGCUCGCCAAUGGGGAGUGGGAAGAAGAGGAGGAGAUCGAACCUGAGGAGGAGAUCGAACCAGAGGAGGAGCUGCAACCAGAGGAGGAGCUCGAACCAGAGGAGGAGCUGGAACCAGAGGAGAGGCUCAGACCAGAGGAGGAGCUGCAACCAGAGGAGAGGCUCAGACCAGAGGAGGAGCUCGAUUCAGAAGAGGAGCUCACACCAGAGGAGGAGCUGGCAGCAGAGAACCAGACGCCAUUCUCAAGGCUGGAGGAAGCAGAUAUGGAGCGGAUCAAAGCUCAGAUGUCGAGGCGUAGUGUCCAUUAUUGUCCCAUCUGCCAAGGACAGGACAUUGAGGAGCCAUGCAUCACUCCCUGUGGCCAUAUCUUCUGUGCAGAUUGCGGUAUAGUCUGGAUCCAUGAGAAGGGCAGCUGUCCCAUGUGCCGGAGCACGCUGAGUCUGGAGCAAUUGACGAUGCUUGAAGUGCAGCAUAAUCGUGAGGAUGCAGUGGAUGGAGAGUGA